UGUUUCCCAUUUUCCUAGCAAAAUAUAAAGAUUUUUUCUUCUAUCGUCACAGUAUCUCUACCAUUAAUAACUUGGCCUCGAUAUUCGUCUAGUGAAAUUCUAGUACUGUGACAGCUCCCUCAGUAUAUCCUCACCAUCAAGUAGGAACAAAUGCAUGUCGGAACCAUGGAUAGUGUGGCGUAGACGCGGGGGAGCUCUAUGUCUGUGACAAGCAGAAAUGUAAACAAUUGAAAGCAGCAGCGGAGUGUAAACUGCAUAUAAUUUGAUUUUGAAAUAUUUUCACAUAGAUAUUCAGACGUUUUUAACACAAUGUGCUCUUAACGGUCCCUCUGAAUAGUCGAUAAAACGUCGCUGACGCCUGAGCUCUCCGUGAGAAGAUGAUAUAUCACGUUCCCUGGAUCUAUACGCCAGUGCGGACCGUUCUGGCAAUUUGGCACCAGCUGACGAAAACUGAGAUCCCGGAGCUGGCCAAGUGCUCGGUGCUGAUGAGGGAACGCAGCAGAGUGGAGGAAACGAUCCACUGCAUGCAGCGAGCAGGUGCAGGAAACCUGCAGGUAAUCUCAGACUUUGACAUGACACUGACCAGAUUCGCUCACAACAGCAAGAGAGUUCCCACCACUCACAACAUCUUGGAUAACAGGCUGCUGAUUAAUGAAGACUGCACUAAAAAGAUGCGGGAGCUGUUAAACACUUAUUAUCCCAUAGAGAUCGAUGCUAGCCGGAGUGCUGAGGAGAAACUUCCUCUCAUGGUUGAGUGGUGGACAAAAGUCCACGAGCUGCUGAUUCAGCAGAAGAUCAGAAAAGACAUGCUGGCCCGGGCUGUGAAGGAAUCCAGCGCCAUGCUCAGGGAAGGGUACAAAGUAUUUUUUGACCAUCUGGCUGAGCACCAGGUCCCUCUGCUGAUCCUCUCCGCCGGGGUCGGUGAUGUCUUGGAGGAGGUGAUUCGACAGAACCACGUCUUCCAUCCAAAUGUCCACAUCAUCUCCAACUACAUGGACUUUGACCACACUGGGGUGCUGCAAGCCUUUAAAGGUCAACUCAUUCACACCUUUAACAAGCGAGAAGGCGCUCUGUCACAUGCAGCCGGCCUCAGAGAGCUGCAGGGUCGACCCAACGUGCUGCUGCUAGGAGACUCACUGGGAGAUCUGACCAUGGCCGACGGGGUCUCUGAGCCCCAGAACGUCCUCACCGUUGGCUUCCUCAACGACCAGGUGGAGGAGAGGAAGGAGUCUUACAUCAACUCUUUCGACAUCGUCCUGGUGAAGGACGAGACGAUGGACGUUCCAAACGCCAUCCUCAGGUACAUUACCUCGUCGAGAGACAACAAGUAAGACGCACAAAAGGAUCCGGACUUAAUGUGAAAAAUGCACGGAUUACCUCAUUUACUGCAUUCACCCUGUCGCAUGCUGGACAAUCUCACAGCCUCACUGACCUCAUGACUGAAUAUUUGAACAUCAAAUCACUCUCUGGACCCGUGUUCACUGUAACGCGGUGCAGAUGUUUAAAAACGUACCGUUCUGGUUUCACAGGCACGGGCUGGGCUCCGAUUCAAACUGUUUUCUAGUGUUGCAUCUAACUGGCCACGUGUUACCUCAGCUUAACUCACCGAGCUGCCAGAACAUUAAAACCACAGACAGGUGAAGUUGAUAACACAGGACUCCGCAUUCUCAGAGCGGGACUAUGCACUCCACUCAAGAACCAAGCCUACAAACACCCAAGAUCCCAAUCCACUGAGGUGCUAACUCCAUAACCCACAGGAUCCAAACGAUCCGCUUUAUCAGCACAUCCUGUUUUUAUUUGCAGGCUGCCCUGCAGGUAAAAACAACAACAAAAAGAAAAAUCAGUCUGAACCAUUAGCCUGCCAGCCCAUUUUACAAGUGUUCUUUAAAUGACUAACUUUGUAACCAUUUGUGCUAGAGACAAAUUUCAGACUGUGCCAGAAAGACGAGAAGACAGAUUUCACUGGGAUAUUUGGUCUGAACACAGACAGCACUUCACAUUACCGCAAUUCCUCAGUCAUGUUGGGAUACAGAAAAUUGGGAUAUAGAAAAUUCAAAUGAUUUCUGAAAGAUAAGAAUUAUUUUUUUUUUAAAUUUUACAUCUAAAGUUACAAAGUAAGUCCAGGCAGCCUGUUUUUCAAUCCUAAUAAUUAUCCUGUGAUUUAUUUGUUUUUUUAGGAAGAAGCUGUGUUUUAUGUGUACUGCGUGUUACCUUUGUGUACGCUGUGAGUACUUGAAGUUCAAGUCUAAACAUACUGUGCACAUGAGUUUCUUCAUAGCAUGCCGCUAUGACAGUGCAGCGAACAGCCUUUUACCUCUGUGUUUUAAACAUUUUGGGUCUGUGAUAGUGGACACAGACACAUUAAUCCUGCUAUGCUAUGGCAGUACUUCACAGCAGGUUGUUGCUGUAUGUUAAAUGCAGUAAGCUUGUUGAGCUUUCUCAAACAUAUCGUGCUCAAAGAUAAGAAGAUGUACAUGGACUAGCAAGCGUUUAUAUUUAAAUGUACUGUAUAUUCUUUUUCUUAAAUCCAAAGACAAAAAGGAUUUCCUCUUGAUUUUCUAUGCUUAUUAACUAUCAUAAAGCAAUAAUAAGACCCUGUAAGUCUAAUAAUAACAACAAAUGCAGUUUUAUGUUGUGAAUCAGUCCUGCUGUAGCAUUUCUUUCUAUUAGGUGUCUAAUAACUCCUUUAUUAAUAUAUAUUUUUAAAUUGUUAACAAUAGUUUGCAAGAAAUUGAAACUAAAUCGGUGCAUUUUAGUCUUAACACGUAUGCUGGUGCUUUUCAAACAACGUUUUUACUGUUUUCUUGUCUGUUUCAAAGAUUCCCAUUAAGGUUACAUCUAUUAUCUGGUGCAGAAAGCAGAGAUGCGAGAUCACAGUGAGGAAAGAAACAACAGAUUGUAAGAAAAAAGGAAAUGGUUUUUCUACAAACAUUUUAAUGAAUGUGGUGUUCAGGGACAAAUAAAGGUGCUUGUUUGUUUACAGCAAUCAAACAGACAUUUGUAACACACACAAAAAAUGAUAGUGAAAAAGAUCUUCUGCGCUUUGUCAUUUCAAAACUUGAAACCACUAAACCAUGACUCCGUGUGGGGAAAAAAGUCUCUUGUUGCCUGUUUGUUGGUUGUUGCGUUUUGUUUGUACUGUGUUGGAGGUUUAUCCCUGAGAGAGAACCAAACACUUUUGUCCUCAUCACAACUCCUCGUGCCUUGCCUGUUCCCGCUCUUUGUCCUCAUCCACUUUAAGUUUCAGCUCGUUGGCUGUGAUCACGCCGUCUUUAUUUCGGUCCUGGUUUUGGAACAUGUCGGUGACGACGUGCUCCAUGGUCAGCCCGGGCUUUAUGCGACCUUUGCCCUCUGCCACCUGCAGCUUGAUGAACUCCGCAAACUAAAGUUACAGAGAUCGAGAACCAUCAGUCACAAAUUAGUCAGUGAUCACCGUUCACUCGCCUGUUCUAACGCCAAAGAAAAACCCUUGUUUCACUAUGUGAAAACAAUAUCGAACAUGAAUAAUUAUUUAAAAUUACAAUUUUAAAAAAAAAAUCUGUGUUGUUCUUAGUCUCACCUCCAGAUGGCAGUAAAGUAAGUUGGGUACAUUUCCGUGAGAUAUGCUACUUUUUCCUCUUGAAUUUUUGUGUGUCGUCGCUUAUCGUUAAGAAAAAUCACGAUUUCACAAGAAAAAAAAUAAAAUAAAUCUUACAAAGUACAAGAAUCAGUAUUUUGAUACAUAAAACAUUAACAGUAGCUAAUUGUAUAGUGUGGGAAACAAAUGCAGGCUUAUACAGCCUAGUAAGUGCAGGCUAAACUGGCUUGCUUGCAUCUUGCCAUAUACAGAGGUGUGCCAGUCCGUGCAGUCGGGGGUGGCAAAACCAGUUAUUAGGUUUAGGAAAUUGCUUUUUCACUAGGAUCAGGUAGAUGUGGACAUUUUCCCCCUUAAUGAAUAAGUUCAACUUUUAAAAACGGCAUUUUCUAUUUACUUGCAGCGUCUUUGUCUAAUGCUAAAAUUUGUUUGAUAGAUCUCAAACAUGUUAGUGUGAGAACUAUGCAAAAGACUAAGAAAUCAAUAAGAGGGUUGAAUACUUUUUCACAACACUGUAGUUUGCGUAAAGAAAAUUCAGCAAAUACUUCAUAAAUCAUAUCGUGUUCAGUGAGCCUGCAGACUAAAAAAACAGAACAGAGUUGACAAGCAUGAAUUAAACUAAUGUUAAAUAAUAAUGUGAUUAUAAAGGAGGAACUCAGACAUGAUGUCAAUAGACAUAUUUUAAAAAAUCCAACGGUUACUUGGACUACUGAUGUUGCUUUUCCUCACUGCCUUUUUUUAAAUCCUACUAUGUGAAAUGACAGUUGUCUACGUACCUCCUCCUGUGGCACCUCUGCAUUCUUGUUUAUGUCCAAGGCUUCAAACAGGUCUGUAGGAGUGUCCUCCAGCCACACAAACAGGUAACCAGGCGGCACGCCCUUCUCAAAGCUCAGCAGCUCUAUGUCAAAGACCAACACGGCGCUACUCGGCACACCAGCAGCUGGCAGAAAGUUAAAAACACAACUGUAAGAUGGCAACUUUUACUGGUGCUAUGGCCAUAAACAAGCAUCGGUCAUACAGCAGAAAUCUCACCUCCCCUUUCCCCAUGGCCAAGGUGAGGUGGCACCGUUAUCACCCUCCUCUCUCCCACGCACAUGCCUUGCAGGCCCUGAUCCAGCCCGUCGAUCACUUUGUCUGAGCCCAGGACGACGUCCUGAAGGCUGCCAUAGUUGUGUCUGAGUACAAGGCCAGUUAGGAGACAAAACAAAAAGAUGAUGACUUAUGCUGAUCUAAAAUUUGAAAGAGAUGAGGAUGUGCGUAUUUGUGUGACCCACGAGGAAAAGAGCAGCGUCCCGUCCAUGAGGGAGCAGUUGUAGUGGUAGCGGACGAGGUCGUUCACUUCUGUGGUCUCGUUACACACUUCGGGUCUGUGGAUGACCUGGACAGCCACAGUGUCGUUGGGGUUGUGGAAGUCGAUGACGUGGAUGUCAAAGACGAGCACAGCAGAAGGAGGGAUCACAUCACCUGGUGACACCAUAGAGAGGUUUUAUUUAUUUAUUUAGUUUCAUUUAACGAAAAACGCACAUCAACUAUGACCGUCCAUGAGCCAAUGAUGUGAUUUGUUAUUGGUGUCUAGUUUUUGUGUCGUACUAUAAUCUAUAUAUAAGCCAGGAUAGGAUUUAUUAGGUAUUAUGUAGUAGCUUAACACUGCCAUUUUACAUUUUUAUUAUGCACUGCAUUGACACCCUUAAGACAUAAUAAGAUUUCUGUCAGUUUGAGUUGGUUUUAUUUUCUGGAGGAGAGAACUUCCCUGACGCUUGGAAACUUUACACUGACUCACCUGCUCCGUUCUCUCCAUAAGCCAGAUGUGGAGGAAUAGUGAUCUUCCUCUUCUCCCCAAUGCAGAGUCCCAGCAGACCCUGAUCCAUCCCCAUUAUUACGUACCCCAUCCCAAUGUAGGUGUUGUAAGUGCUGUUCCUCUGGUAGCUGGGGACAAUAAAAAGGCCAAAAAUGCAAGUUUAUGUUUAAACCUUAAGCUGUAUUGGCAGUGAUGCGACAGCAGUAUUAUUUCACAUAUAAAAUGAAAAUUAAGCUGCAGCCAAAUCAGCAGAGCAUGAGCUGACCUGGUAUCAAAGGUGACUCCAUUCAGGAAGGUGCCGUUAUAGUGGUACCGAAUGUAAUCUCCGACCACGGACCUGCGAGUGCAUGACUCCGGCACCACCUGGUUCUCAACAGUGAUGUUAUCCUUCGGGUUGUGGAUGUCCACCAGCAGGACGUCGAACACCAGAGUCGCCUGAGGGGGAAUCUCGUUACCUGGCAGACAGAAAAGUGGAGAAUUUUGGAUGUCACAUCUACUAGUUGCAACAUGCAAGUGGUUGGAUAUAAAGAAGAGUUUCAUUUUUAUUCAUCUUUGAUUUAUUCAAAACUGCAAAGAAGAAAAAGGUUUGUGAUACGCCACAAAAAACGUUUAACUUCUGGUUUCACAGAGUAUUUUGCAGCAUCCUUAAGCAUCAAAAUCGCGUUGCCUACCUCGGCUUUAAUGUUACCGUCUCAAUUAUUUGACUUAUUCUGUUUGUAAAAAUGAUUUCCCUUCACAAAUACAUUGAUCAGCCACAAUUGGUCCCUUCUUGAAUCAACAUUUCAAUCUCUUUAUGAAAUUCGGAGUUCCUCACCUGAUCCCUUUUCUCCGUAGGCUUUGAACGGCGGGAUGACGAUUUUUCUGAUCUCUCCCACACACAUGCCCAGCAGGCCCUCAUCCAUGCCCUUGAUCAUCCAACCCUCACCUACUAGGGAGUUGUGUGUCUGUUUCCUGGUGUAGCUGCGUGGGGCUCAUACAAGCGCAAAGUCAAACACACAACUUCACACAGACAACAUACCUGGAUGACACAGCACAGACAAAUUAGAGCUGUGAUUUGGAUUAAAGAUUUGAUGACUUAGACUUAGGGAUAAAAUUGCCUAAAAAUAUUGGUCCCAUUCAACUCAUGCUGGUUUGAAGAAAGAGUCAAUAAACAUCUUAUCUUCUUCAGAAAAUAGUCACCAAAGUCAGAAUUCACCUCGAGUCAAAGACUGUGCCGAUGAGCAGAGUGCCGUUGAAAUGGUAACGCACAAAGUCAGUACGAAUCACGGAGCGCUUGCAGUCU